CGGAAGGCGGCGGAAACUGCCACCCUCAGGCCUGCCGGAAACGGAGGUACAGUACAGCCCUUACGGUCGGUCGGGACCAGAUCACAGUAAACAGCCAACUUUUCCCGUAACUGGAAAGGAGUGAAAAGUAUUUGAGAAAAAAAUUGUGACUCAAACAUCCUAUGCUGCAGAAUUCCUUAUAGUAUCAUCAUAACUACAGAAAUAAUGGUGCUGUUUCAUCAAGCGUUGCCGAAAGUUGAACUCCAUGCUCAUCUCAAUACCUCUAUCAGCAGCACCACAAUGGAAAAACUGAUACUGCAGAAACCACAUCUCAAUAUUGACCACAACAUGACCAUGAUCAAGAAAGGCCAGACAAGAACGCUUGAAGAAUGCUUUGAGAUGUUUGAAGUAAUUCAUCAGUUAACUGACAACGUAGAACAAAUCUUCAUGGUGACAAAAGAGGUUAUUAAAGAAUUUGCAGCUGAUGGUGUGAAAUAUCUUGAGCUACGAAGUACACCACGAACAGAAAACACAAAAGGGAUGAGCAAGAAGUCAUAUGUUGAAGUUAUACUUGAAGCCAUAAAACAAUGCAAACAAGAGAAUGUGGACAUAGAUGUGAGGUUUCUGUUAUCUAUAGAUAGAAGAGGUGGGCCUGUUGUUGCUAAAGAGACUGUAAAACUUGCAGAAGAAUUCUUUACAUCCUCUGAUGGGCUAGUGGUUGGCUUGGAUUUAAGUGGCCAUCCUGCAGUAGAACAUGCUAGGAGCUUUAUUGCCCCGCUCCAAGCAGCUAGAAAUGUUGGCCUUAAGCUUGCUGUGCACAUGGCUGAGAUCCCAAAUAAGAAUGAAGAAUGGGAAAUGCUUCUUGGUCUUCCACCAGACAGGAUCGGCCAUGGUACAUUCCUUCAUCCUGAAGCUGGAGGGACAGAACAGUUGGUCAACACUGUUAAGAAACAUCAGAUACCCAUCGAGCUUUGCUUGACAUCAAAUGUCAAGGGUCAAACUGUCUCAUCAUACAGUGAACACCAUUUCCAGUAUUGGCACAGUUGUGGACACCCCAGCAUACUUUGUACUGAUGGCAAAGGGGUUUGGGCCAGCAAUUUGUCACAGGAAUAUCAGCUUGCAGAGUCAGCAUUCAGCCUUUCUAAAGCACAGAUAUGGGAUCUGUCUUACCAAAGCAUUAACUACAUCUUCGCUUCAGAAAGUACAAAAUCUGAUUUGAAAAGUCAAUGGAAUAAGCUGAAGCCAGGACUAUUUAACCAAGACUAAGCGAAGAUUAUGGGACAUGGACAGUGCUCUUGAGCCCUAUUUCAUUCAGCUGAUACUUAAUCUUGAUUGUUUCGAAUGAGCGACCAAUGUAAGCAAAUCAAUGUAUAACCAUAUAACAAUUACAGCACGGAAACAGGCCAUCUCAGCCCUUCUAGACCAUGCCAAACACUUACUUUCACCUAGUCCCACCUACCUGCAUUCAGCCCAUAUCCCUCCAUUCCUUUCCUGUCCAUUGUUAUGAGUGAUGAACAGACCUGAUGGACAAUGGGGUGCAGAGUUAACCAUUCCCCCCCCCCCCCGAGAACUACAAACUAUUGCUGUUGUUAUGCUACUAUUGAGAGACUUCUACAAGGAUUAUUUACCUUCUACUACAAGGACUGCACUUAGCUCGUUAACAUUCCUCAGGAGAUAGCAGGAGUGCCCUGAUUUGAUGAACACAGUCAUUCAGAGUUGAUGGAUAGCUGAGACCCCGUGAGUGGAGAUAAAAGAUAGGUCUGGAGAGACACCCUUCAGACACACCAGUGGACACUGACUGAGUGUUGGAACCCACAGAAAGGUGGGGGCUUCGGAGACCGAACCAGGAAAUCGGUCAGUAAAGCUCACAGUGUUACAGCAGGGCCGGUGGGGACUUGUGUGUGUGUGUGUGUCCACUCAUGCCAGAGUGACGAGUCCACCACAGAAGAACGGUCUAGCUGAAGACCAGAGGGGUCAUAACUGAAUGGCCACAACAAUACGACGGAUUAAGAAAGCAACAGAAGGUUUGGCUGCUGUAGCUGUUACAUCUCACCCUCUCUCUCCAACGAUUUCAAUACAACAACCAUAACUACUUAAGCAUUUAUGAACUGAACGCUGUACUUUUCUAUGACAAUUCAUUUACCCCUAGACAUCAAUAGAGCUUAUUAUUGAUUAUUAUUAUUCCUACACUUUUAGGUUUAUUACUGCUAACUUGCUUUAUAUGUAUAUUUGCAUUUUUGAUAUUGUAUUGUGUAGUUUACUAAUAAACACCUUUAGUUUGGUA